AUUAGGUACCCGAAUUUUCGGAAGUCUUCCCAGGUGCGCCUCACGUACCUCAACAUGUUGCUGGCUGUCUACCCUACCCUUCUGUUCCAGAUGGUGUUCCAGAAUUGUUGAAUGUGGUUGAACUUGAACUUGAAAGUUGAAGUUGUAGCUGCUGAUUUUUGCGAAAUUGCGUUUCGCUCUAAAAGUUGUGUUCUUGUCCAAGCUCUCUUAUCGUUUGCUGAUUGUUGGCGAAUCCACUGCAGUCCAUUGUCCCUGCUGCUGUUUCAAGUGCAGUCACCAUAGCGCAUAUCUUUUGCAGCGCUUGUUUCAUUCAAAGACGCGCAAUCAUUCAAUCCUGCAAAACUGUUGCCCGGCCUUGACAAGUGUGAAGCCGUAGAUCUGCCACGCAAUUCAGAGCUGUUGAAUUGUAGGGUCCUUGAGCAGAGAUGGCAGCCGCUGUGGCACCACAGCAGCCGCAGCAGCCAGAGGCGCAGCAAGAGGCAAGCACGUCUCAGGGUGCCGCACCUCCUCCCCUCCGGAAACCAACUUUCUGCAAGAUCGCAGACCUACGGCCGGGGACGUCCGGCCACAAUCUUGUGGUGAAAGUGGUCUCUAGCAAGGUGGUCCUGCAGCGGGCGCGCCCUGACGGCAGCAAGAUGCGGCAAGUGCGGAUUGCGGAAUGUAUAGUGGGGGACGAGACCGGAGUGAUUGUCUUCACGGCGCGCACCUUACCAAAUUGUGAUCAGGUCGAGCUCAUGAAGGAGGGCGCCACCGUGACUCUACGGAAUGCCAAGAUCGACAUGUUUAAGGGUUCAAUGCGACUUGCAGUUGAUAAGUGGGGUAUUGUCACUGCCACGGAUGACGCCAGCUUCGAGCCGAAGGUUGACAACAACCUGUCUCUGGUUGAGUACGAGCUUGUAAAUGUAAUCGACGAGUGAUUGGUCUUUUUUCGACAGUGUGAAUGGUACUUCAGCUGCAUAAGCAUGCGCAAGCUCAGGCCCAGCCAGUAUGUGUAUUGAAGAGAGAUUUCUCAGCGUGCCUAGAGACCGAGAAGAAUGCUUGAUGCAAACUCCGAAGGCUUGCCAGGUAAAUCUUGGAUUUGUGUUCGUGCAACGUCUUGAUUUGCUGGCUGCGUCAAAAUAGGAGUCAGCUAGAGUGCUAGCCAGCCAAAGGCUCUGGAACCAAGUAAACUUCUGACUGUAAUGCAGCUUCCGACACGCAACCGUCACUCAACCUAGUACGUCACUUUGGACACUAAUCAUAACUCCGAGCAAGCGGGCCUCGUUGCCCGCUCGUAGGUUGAAUGUUUAUGAGGCGGCGGCUGAUCAGGUGAUAAGUACGACAGGCCAGUUGUUUACUCGGUCUGCAAUGAUUUAAUGCAUGUUGCUG